UCGCCAUUGCGUGGGGUUUUUGUGGACAGAGGCGUCGGCUACGCUCUGUGGUCGCCGAUCGUUCUCCCGUCGCCUCCCCCAUUUCGAUCCCUUUCCCUCUUUUUAAUCCCUUCUCCUCUUCUUAUCUGCUCCUUCUCUUCUAAGAGAUCCUAAUCUAGGGUUUUUUCUCCUAUUUUCCACCUAUUUUUUGAGGUUGUUUUUGAGGAAAAGUGGGGUAAGAUUUGAAUUCUUUCCUUUUUCUCGCUCCUCGGACCUUAUUUGAUCCCCAAAAAGGGAACUUUUGGCGAGAGAUCACAAGGUAGGGGCUUUUUUGCCUCUUUUGCUCUCUUUUUGCUUCUUCGUAUGAUCGUAGAGGGAUUGGAGAGGGAGAAGCCAUGCUAUAUCUGAAGCAGCCGCUGAGGAGCUGCUGAUUUGGUUGGGAAUUCGACUUCGUAGGCCGAGGAGCUUGGGAUCCGGAUCGGAUGGAGGCGGAGAGCGGCUUUGGUGGCGGAUUUCUUCAGAAGUUUCGGCUUUACGAGACGCGAUCGAAAUUUUAUAUGAUUGGAAGAGACAAGAGUAGAACACACUACAGAGUUUUGACAAUCGAUAGAUUGGAACCUUCUGAAUUGAGUAUCCGGGAGGACCCUACGAUGUAUUCCGAAGUUGAAUGUUACGACUUACUGAUGAGAAUACAUGAUGGGAACAGGGCAACUGGAGGACUAAAAUUUGUUACCAAAUGCUAUGGAAUUGUUGGUUUUGUCAAGUUCCUGGGUCCUUACUACAUGCUACUCAUCACUAAGAGAAGGAAAAUUGGUACAAUUUGUGGCCAUGUUGUAUAUACUGUCUCCAAGAGCGAGAUUAUCACAAUUCCAAGUCCUACCAUCCGGUCCAAUAUGGCAUAUUCUAAGGAUGAGAACAGAUACAAGAGGCUGCUGUGCACGGUGGAUCUUGCAAAAGAUUUCUUCUUCAGCUACUCAUACAACAUCAUGCGCAGUCUUCAGAAGAACAUAUGCGAAAAGAAGACGGGGCCAGCUCUUUAUGAAACAAUGUUUGUUUGGAAUGAGUUUUUGACACGCGGAAUACGAAACAAUCUCAAAAAUACAGAUUGGACAGUUGCCUUAGUCUUUGGUUUCUUCAAACAGUCAAAACUUUCGAUAUCUGGAAAGGAUUUUUGGUUGACUCUCAUUGCUAGGCGCUCGCGUCAUUUUGCUGGAACCAGGUUUCUGAAACGUGGUGUUAAUGAGAAAGGUAGAGUUGCCAAUGAUGUUGAAACAGAACAGAUUGUGUUCGAAGACACAGAUGAAGAAAUUCCACCACAGAUUGCCUCUGUUGUACAAAACAGGGGUUCGAUACCCCUUUUCUGGUCCCAGGAAACUUCGCGCCUUAAUAUUCGGCCUGAUAUUAUAUUGCAGAAAAAGGAUCCGAACUAUGAAGCGACCCGGCUUCACUUUGACAAUUUAGCAAAGAGAUAUGGCAACCCAAUAAUUAUUUUGAACUUAAUUAAGACACGUGAGAAGAAGCCUCGUGAAUCUCUGCUCUGUGCAGAGUUUGCAAGUGCAAUUCAUUUUAUAAACAAGGAUUUAUCGAGUGACGCUCGCUUGAGGUUUUUGCACUGGGAUCUGAAUAAGCAUUCGCGAAGGAAAGAUACAAACGUACUGGCAUUGUUGGGCAAAGUGGCGGCAUACGCAUUGGAACUAACAGACUUUUUUCAUUGUCAGAUCGCUCCAGAUCCGAAAACUCUCAAUACUUUAAGAGAGCAAGAAACUGUCGACAAGUCAUGCGAUGCUUGCAAUAAAACAGAUGAUGUUGUGGUACCUACCGAUGGGUGUAGUGAAGAUAAAGAAGAGAAUGUUGAGACACAUAAAGGAUGUGAUACGGAAAAUAGUGAUGAGAACUUUGAUGAACUUGAUGAUACUGAGGAGAUUGAAGUUAUGAGUGAUGGGAAUUGUUUGGUCAAACCACUAAUGUUUCAAAAAGGAGUCCUCAGAACAAAUUGCAUAGACUGCUUGGACCGCACGAAUGUCGCACAGUAUGCCUACGGUUUAGCUGCGCUUGGUCGUCAGCUUCAUGCCUUGGGACUUAUAGAUGUUCCUAAAAUUGGUUUAGAUUCUCCAUUGGCUGAUGAAUUAAUGCAUUUCUAUGAGAGGAUGGGUGAUACACUUGCUCUGCAGUAUGGUGGUUCUGCUGCUCACAAUAAGAUAUUCUCUGAAAGAAGAGGUCAAUGGAAGGCAGCGACACAGUCUCAAGAGUUUAUCCGGACUCUUCAGCGUUACUAUAGCAAUGCCUAUAUGGAUGCUGAAAAACAGGAUGCUAUAAAUGUGUUCUUGGGGCACUUCCAACCCCAACAGGGUAGACCAGCACUGUGGGAGUUAGAUUCAGACCAACACUACAACAUUGGAAGGCGAGGAACCCUAACUGAUGAAAGUGCCAGGUCAUUUAUCAAAAGGUCACUGUCAGAUGGCAAUAUUCUGUGUGAAAGCAACACUCCCGCGCCUGCCUGUAACUUGGGACAAAGAGAAACUCUCAACUCAGCUGUACCUUCAAGACUACCACAACCAGAGGAUAUCACAGGUCUUUCUGAUUCAGCACCAGAAAUUUCUGCGUGCGAUAGUGCCUUAUAUUCAAGGUAUAUUCCAACGAUAUCUCGCAGGCAAUUAUUUCCAGAUAGUCGGUAUUGUUGUAUAACUGAAUUAGGAUCAGACGAAUCAAGCUGUUCAAAUUUUUUGGAUCUUGAUUGGCUGUCAUCUUCUGGGAAUUCGUGCGAGGAGGAAAUAAACGAAAGGUCCUCGCUCAUUAAUUCACCUGUUCUGAUUCGCUCCGCGGAAAAUGUCAUUAAUGUUGUCAGUGCUGAAACAGCUGGAACUUUAACUGGAGAAGGGUCUUCCAUGAAGGUUCAAGAGGAAACAGAUAGGCAAAUGCCGCGUGAUGCUGCUUCGAGUUCCAAAGAAUUUUCCGACAGCUUUGCAAGUUGGGUUGCAAAUGGAGGCACACUUUGCUAUUAACGCGCGAUUUCUUCCAUCUUCACAACUCCUGGAGAAUUUUCGCCUCUUUGGAAGCUUCUUCAAUCCAAAAUGGAUAGGAGGACGGACCCCGGAAGGGAGGGGGGAGAGGCGGUCGGGAGCAGGUACGACGACUCACUUCUAAGAUAUCAUCCUCGUCACUCACCAUUAUCAAUUCGGCGUCAACGGAUGCAGCUGAUAGAAAUAUCUGAUUACUGCGGUUCAAGUCGCGGUCGGCUGAUAAAAACAGCUUUUAAAAAAUACACAUCCAAUUCUUUUGCAAGACAAGAUCUUCAUCUCCUUCAAUGAAACCUAUAUAUUCUCUUGUAAAUAUUAAUAUAUUUAUAACAUCUUUUACUUGCUUUA